AAGAAGACCAAUCAUACCAGUGGAGGAAAAUAAGCCAUCAGAAAGACGAAUAAGUGAGUACAGUGUGGAAAAAAUUCAAUCUUGCUGAAGAAUCUACACGACUGCAGGAAAAAUCCGUCGUAGUGUAUCGUUUCCCUCGGUCGGGGUUAGUUUUUCCAACCACGAGCUUCAGUUUUCCUUUGUGGAUCUUUAUUUUCUAUUGCCAUAAAUCGCAAAAACAAAAAAAAGUCGAAUCGAUAUUGCGGUGUGCGUGUGCGAGGAGGAAAAGCAAAAAGGGUUUCAUAGCAUUGUAGAGCAGCAGAAGGUGAAAAGUUUUUUCCUGUCUUAGCCGAAUCAAAAAUUGAAAAAAAAUGUAUGGAAGUUCAAGUUUGUGGUAACAGUUUUGCUGUUUUUCAUUGAUAAACAUAACGCAAGUGCAGGCGACAAUUACGACAAAGGAAUAAUCUGUGAUUGCCAGAUCUCGGGUGGGUUUUCCUAUUUUCACCUUGUAACACAUCUAUCCGGAAGAGGAAAAUUUACUGCAAGCCUUUCUCCGCUUUGUAGCUGUGCUGAAUGCUUAUAAGUGAAAUCGGAGAAACGCGAGUAUUUUGUGCUUUAAGUUGAAUCAAUUGCCUUUAAAAUUGCAAUUUAGAAGUGUUAGAAAAUUGAAGACCUCAUAAGAAUUUCCAGAAGCGAAAUCAAAACGGACGGCGAUAGUAAUAGAGGAAACCCAGCCGAAUGAACGAUUGCGAAGAGCACACCAAAUUGAAACUGCUGCGGAGAAAGCCAGAUAUUCUCAUCAGCCUAAAGGAACAGCCGAUUUUGUUAGUGGAAUGUUAGGUUUUCCUUUUUAGUGCUAUCUGUGAUCCUUUCAAGUGCUGUGUUAUCACCGUCAACGUGUUAUAUUGAAGAAAAAAAAAUUAAAAUUUAAACUAGUUAUAUCAUCGUCAAAGUGUAUGGGAUAGUUUGCGGAGAAUAAUUGUGGAUAAAUAGGCGUUUGCGGCCGAGAGACCAUCAAUUAGUUAGUAAAAUUGACUUAGAACCGCAUUCAUCAGUCUGUGACCGCCGGAAGACAUACGGAAGAGAGGACAUACUGACCGGUCGAUCAAUUUAACCAGUUGCUCUCACAACAGUGCUCCAGCCCUAGCACGAGUCACUGACAUCAUGUUUUGGGACAGUGCAAACUCGUUGUCCAACAUAGACAACCUACUUACUAGGGAGGGACUUACACUGAAAGAUGUACUCGAAUACGAAGAUGUAUUACAGGAAUGUAAAUCACAGAACACAAAACUACUUCAAUACUUAAACCGUACGGAAGUGUUCGACGAACUGAUAGACCUGAUUAUCCAAGAACCACCAGCCGACCUCGAGGACAAUAUUCGCUUCAUGCAUUCCAAUAUGGCAUGCGAGAUACUUACCAGUGAUGUGCCGUCCUUCAAAACUCACCUGGUCGAGAAUCAGAACUUCCUGAACAAGCUGUACAGUUUCCUGCACCGUGAACCGCCGCUCAAUCCGCUGCUGACGUCGUUCUUCUGUAAAACGUUCGGGAUGCUCAUAUCAAAACCUAACGAACAAGAUUAUUUCUCUUAUAAGUCAGUGUGCCUACAAGUAUUAGAAUUUAUUAAGUCUAGAAAAGGUUUCCUCAACACGAUGCUGAAGCAUUUUGGCAACCAGGUCAUCACCGAUCUAUUACUGUGUUACAUCACCGAUAUCGAAGACGCCGAGCUCAAAUCGGAACUGCUAGAGUGGCUUAACGAGCAAAACUUAAUUGCUGAAAUCAUAAACUUGCUAAAGUUACCAGGCGAAACGCAGAAGCACUACAAUGUCGCACAAUUUUUAAUCGAAUUAAUCAAGAUAGGAAGAUGCAAACGACAAAACGAGAGACAAGACAAGGUAACAUCCGAUCCCAUAUUGAAUACACUUGAGAACGAAGCUACCACCCAACUGCUGCUGGACAUUAUACUUAAAGAAAACACCGAGGAAAGCGCUAUCGUUGGUGGAAUCCGAAUAAUACUCCGACUGCUGGAGAAUACAAUCAUACAAGAGCCGGUCUCCGAUACUGCUCUCCAGAUGGUAAUCGACGCUGAAAAGGAACACCACGACACCGUUGUGCUGCGCUUAGUGAAUGUCAUAUAUCCCAGAACAUUUGAGUUAAUCCACAUUUUAAAAAAUCCGCCUCAGAAACCCGACGUAGUUUCCACAGUCGGCAUACUUUCACCACCUCUAGGAAACGUGAGACUUCAGAUUUGUAAUUUAUUUACAGUAUUAAUAGAAACAGAAAACAGUGAUGUUAUCAGGACAAUAUGUGGAACAGAUUUUUAUAGCACAUUGCUCAACCUUUUUAAGCAAUAUUGUUGGAACAAUUUUUUGCACAGUCAAGCCAAGGUUUGCGUCAACUACGCUGUUCAAUCGUUUGACCAGAAGGAAGGUGAUUCGAAGUUGCUUACCUCGGAUUUACAGCGACAUGUUAUCUGCGAUAUCAAGCUCGUCUUCCUGCUGGUGGACCUGUGGCAUUACAACGAGGAGAUGCAAACGCCGGACAUUAAGAGUGGAGAGCAACGCAAGUACCGCCGGCUCGGUUACAUGGGUCACCUGAUCGAGAUGUUCGACGCGCUCGUGUCCAAUAUGAACGCGUCGGAGGAAUUUUGUGCCUUAGUCGAAGCGUCCAUUGCCGGUGCGGACGACGACUUCAAAAACCGCUGGCGGCGUAUAGUAGACAACGAAAGUGGCGAACUGAGCUCGAUUUUGGCGGUGCAGAAACGGUUUUUGGCUGACAAUGAUCCAUAUCAGAAGAAAGACUUUUCGUCCGAUGGAGUCGAAAGUAACGAGACCGAUACGGAAAAGUUCGAGUUGAUCCUCGAUUCCGACGUGAUCGAGCAGUUGAAUAAAUUGUUGAACCAGGGCUUUCCAGGUAGUUCCAAUGCAUUUAGCGCGUCCGGCAUGGACGACGGUAUGUUCGGAGAGGAUGAAAAGGACGACCAUAGCGAACGAAUCCAGGAGGUUCGGAACUACUAUGCAAGCCGUGGCCGGAUCCCGGCUCAGAGUUUUGAGUCCGAGAGUGACGACGAUGGUGGCGGUGGCAGUCACCGACCGUUUGACGAUGAUCUCAAAAGUGCGAUCGAUUUGUUUAUCAACAAGAACGCAUGGCCUUCAAUUGACGCGGAAACAGGUGCAGCGGCGGACAGUGCAGAUCCGUGGGGUGCCGACGAUGCAGCUGGUAGUAUUGUGCAGACUGCUGACGGAAUGUCCGAUACGUGGGCUAACUUCGGUUCGGAUAGGUUCGCUGAUUUCGACUCGCAUUUUGCGGAGGUACAACCGGCGACCCAGGCAGCGGAUAGUGACAUCCCAUCGAAGGCUAUCUUCGAUGAUAACGAAAACAUCGCCUUUGGUAGUUUUACCAAUAAGAGCAACGAUCCGUUCGGGGCGGAUUCUGCUACCUCGCUAAUAACGGAUGAGGCUGUCAAUAGCUCAAACCUCUUAGUCAACGAUAACGUCGUAGAUCCUGUUAGGGCAGAACUGACCGAUGCAACCAAUUGCGCUCACAAUGAAACCGAUGAUGCUAUGAAUAGUAACGUAGCAAACGAUGUGCCAUUAUCUGUACCCGUAGUAGAAUCCUUUAGUAGCAGUAGUUGUCAGCAAUCGAUUCCAUUGGUAGCAAACGAUGAAACUAACCUAGGUGUUAGCAGGUAUACCAACAACAUAGUAGCAAUUACCGAGAUGUUCGAUAAAUUGGAUACUUCUGCGAUGGAACCGGUUGAUAUCGUUACCUCAAAUGGGCCGGCUUCCGGCGGUGAUAGUCUUGAGUACGAAGAUGCAUUAGACAUGAUAUUGUCCGAUGAGGCUGUGGAUUAUAGCAAACCUUUCAAAACAGAAACGCAGAUGAUCGAAAGCCCAGCCCAAGCCCUCUGUUUGGAAAGCAAUAACGAUGCACCGGCUUUGGAGUCGUCUACAGUAGUAACAAAGACUGCUGACCUCGUGGCAGUAGUCGCCGAGACCAUCGAACUUAGUAACAGUAGGAGUACCGUUACCGCCAACAGCAGCACAGAAAUCCUAGCCCCGUCAAUUGAUCCAUCGAAACUCCCGGCCGAAGUGUUCCAGCAGCAGUUGCAGCAGGGUCAAGCUGAGUCUCCGCAACCUCAACAAACACAGCCACCACCACCACCACAACCACCAACUGUGCCAUUAGAAAAUGGAUCAGUAUAAAAUAGCAGAAUGUUUAAUGGAUAAACUGGUCGGCCUAGAUUGCUGGGCAAAAGAAGAAGAAAAAUCUUACACUUACCUACAUGACAAUGAGACGCUUCAAAAGCAACACUCAUUGAGCGAAUGAAAACAGGAUCAAUUUUGCAGCGAACAGUGAACUGAUCAGUGAGUCUGGUUGUUAUACACUAUUUAGGAAAAUGCGCUUACUUGCAGAGAGAAUGGAAUAACCUUAUAGGAAGGAGAAAUAUUUUUAUUGCACGUAUAUUUUCUACCAAUACUGUGAGACGUUAGUUCUUACAAAUACAAAUCAUACAUUCUCAUUGAAGUUUGGCCCAAUUUGUUUUCCGUUAAAUUUAUGGAAUCCGUCUGCUAUGCAUGUGCUGUGGUACAGUUUGUGAGCGCGGUUCGUCGCGCUCAACAUGGUGCUGAAGUGUUCAGAACGUUUUUUGUAGAAACUUGUGUCUUUCAGUAGCUUUGGAAGCACGCCAAAAUAAAUAUAUUGUACAAUUAUUUACUAACUUAAUGCUCAUUCUAUCUUUUAUAACCUGUUGUAUACCCAAAUUGUCAAUCCGUCUUCAGAAGCGGUAGCGCUGUGUUAGCAUUGAGGAAAGACAACUUUUGCCUACGCUUGGUCUGCUUCCUAUGCCACUGACAAGACCGAUUGUGAUUGUAUUAGGAAAAUGUAACCAAAUUAUGGCUUGCGAAGCAGUAAUGAGUGCGACUGUUCGAUGAGGAGCCAUCCUCACCCAAGAAAAAAUAGCAAUUUAGUUACUAUUACGAACUUUUAAUUUCCCACUUUUGUUACAUUCAUACUCUGUAAUUCAAUUUAGAUAAACAACUAAACAAAACGUGACUCAAUGUAUUUUUAUGCAUAAAAUAAGCCAAAAAGCAGGAACAGUUAAGUAAAACAAAUAGCGAUGGGAAAGCAAGUCGAAAGCAAUCAGUGUUGUGCUGUUUCUUUACGUAUAUGAAAACAAUAUACAUUGCGUUAGUCGCUAGCAGAGCGGCGAAUGAAUGAGCGCAGUGCAGCUGCUUGAAAUAAGAACAAUCGAGAGAGGGAUAGUGUAAAACAAAAAAAUAAAAAAUAAAAAUAAACAAAGCUUCCGCCAAAACGAAAAUGAGAAAAUUUACAAGUGAAAUGUACGAGUUUAUUAGCACUAAUUUUCCACUAAAGUAAGCUCUCCAGCAUCAACUAAAGAAUAACGAGAGGCACGAUGUUUGAAGAGCGAUGAGAUGAGAGACAAAAACUCUAGAUAUUUGUUUUCGUUUGCCAAUGCACACAGCCUUAAGUUAACGUGAAAGCGUUCGUUUGAUUCGAAUGAUCAACCCUGUUUGUAGUAAUAUGUUUUGUGUUGAUGUUCUUUAAUAUGAUAAGUGACCAAGAAAAAAAAAAACAUUUUUAUAUAUCAUCAGUUCAAACUACUUUUGUUUCUUCUUAUGCUAUAAUUAACGUAAGUUCUCAUAUUCUUAUUCUCUGUUACAGUUAAUUAAGGCCCUCUAUUUUACUUUUUCUAUUCUACGUAUGUCGUCCAGUCUGGUGUUUAGUUUUAUCCAAAAUUGUUGCUCAAAAUAAACCAUUCUGUUUGUUGCCUGCUCUUCUGUUUCCUUAAGUUCCCUUGCCUUGCAAACAAGAAAAAAAAAUAAGAAAGAGAAAUAAUCGAAUGUUUAAACAUAUCUUGCUCGCUGUGCAUAGGAUUCAGUUUUUUUUCUAUCUAUUGUUUAACAAUUAUACUGUAAUUCGAAACAGUUGAAAUCACAAGGUAAAAUACAGAAGAAGACGAAAAAUCAGACAACCGUUUCAGUGAUAGCAUUAGAACUUAAACAGAUAUAUGACACAAAUUCACUCACACAAUCGCAUACAUACAAGAGAAGUAAAAAAAUCACAUACACACACAAUACACAUUUCUCGCUAAAAAAAAGAGACAUGAUAAACAAAAAAUGGUGCAAUGUUCUGAUAUAUACAUAUAUAAAUCAAAUGUAAGCUAGUGCCACUUUCUAAAGUACCAUGAAAAUAUGAAUAAAGGAAUGUGAAC